AUGACGGACGUACAAAGAACUCCCUUUGUUAAGGACCUCGCCUCGAGCGACCGCAAAGUCCGCGACAAAGCCCUCGACUCCCUAACCCUCUUCCUCCGCUCCCGAACAGACCUCUCCCUCAUCGACCUGCUCAAACUCUGGAAGGGUCUUUUCUUCUGCUUCUACCACUCCGACCGCCCCCUCACCCAACAAGCCCUCGCGCGCUCCCUCUCAUACUCCCUCAUCCCGACCCUCCCUCGCUCAACAGUGCAUAGGUUCCUGCGCGCGUUUUGGAUUACUAUUGGCCGCGAGUUCCAUGCGAUUGAUCGGUUGCGGUUGGAUAAGUAUAUGUAUUUGAUUAGGUGUUAUGUGGGUGUUGCGUUUGAGGUUUUUGUCAAGGGCAAACAACAACAACAAACAGGACAGGAUGAUGGUGGGAAGAAGCGCAAGCGCGAAGAGGAAGAAGCUGCUGCGAAAUCGAAGAACGCGAAGAAACAGAAUAAGCGGUCGAAGGGGAAGAAGAACCAGGAAGUCGACGAAGAACAAUCCAACGGAGCAUCCAACGGCACAACCAACGAUACCCAAACCCCUAUUACAACAGACUCAGACGCUUCCAAAUGGACCGACCUAAAAUCCUACCUCAGCAUAAUCUCCGAAGGCCCCCUCAAUUCCCUAAACUUCGACCCCGACCAAGACACCUCCAUCAACGAAAAAACCGACUACGUGCCUAUGCCGCACGGCCCCGACGGUCUGCGCUACCAUCUUCUGGAUCUCUGGCUCGAUGAGUUGGAGAAGGUUCUUGAGUUCGAGCAGGAGGAUUCCGAGGAAGGAGAGGAGGAGAAGCCAAGGAAGGUUGUUAGUGAAGUCCCUAUGGAUCUUAUCUUGGGUCCUAUUGAGACACUCCGCGUGGAGGGGUUGCAUAAGCCCGUGAGGACUCGGGCUGGUGAGGCAUUGGAGGAUGAGAGGUUGUACGAGUGGGGAUUUAAGGAGAGGAAGGUUGUUGUUGAUGAGGAUGAGGAGAGUGAGGAGGAGUGGGGUGGGUUUGACUAA